AUGGACAGCCCACUUGCUUCCCCAGCCAAGGCGCGUCAAGCCGCCAUUCAGGCCAAAGACUGGGCAUACGUGAACUCCUGGUUAAGCCGCCAGUACGCACCGAACCCGAUCCCCAAGUUCGAGAAAAACGAAGAUACCCUACGCACUCUAUUAGCCCUGGCUGCGGCGAACGAGGCAGCAGACGAGGAGGCAGCGAUGCUCCACCAUGCCCGCCGACAAACGAUUGAAGGUUUCAAGGCUCGAGAGAAGACGGAGGUUAAGCAGAAGGUGGAACUUCUGGAGGCGGUAGAGUACUCUCUUGACGAAGCCGGUGAGCGGGAUCUCGAUGAUCUAGCAGAAACAGUUGUUGUCUUGGGCGCGCUGGGAACCAGCACCAUGGAUGUGGGUCAGUCGAUAAUCGACCUCACCAGGGAAGAGUUCGAAACUCAGGACCAGAUGAAGAGGGUUGAGAGCUUGCAGAGCUAUCUUACGCGAGAAAUGGUCACUCUACGCGAACAACUCGAAGAGCUCAAGUCGAACCCUGCGUUUGAGAUGCCUGCCAACCUUCCUGCGCUUACAUCUGAAUGGACAAGAGGUACAAAGUUGCUUAAUGCUAAGGUUAGUGAGUAUCAGGAUAGGUCGACGGCAUUGGAGCGGAAUAGCAACAAAGGCGCCACUCUUGAGAAAGUCAUGUGGGCAGAGGAAGAGGUCGGCCGAAUGGUAGAAUCGGUCAAGUCCCUCGAGGCUAUGAUCCAGACAUUCCACAACCUUCCCAAAGACAUAAAUGGUGCUCGAGCCAAGUAUAAAGAAUUAGAAGAGGAGCUCAACCGACUCAUCCGGACACGGGACUCUAUGUUCGAAGGCUUGGUGGACAGAUAG